AUGAAAACCGCACAGAAGAUGCCAAUAAAAUGGAUGGCGCCGGAGAGUAUUACAACUUAUACAUUUACUCAAAAGACUGAUGUCUACACAGGCCUUGUCUAA